AUGGAGAGAGGAAGAUCAGGAAGAAUUGAUGGGUAUCACGAUUCACGCCAUCAAGAUUCUCAUAGGGUAACAUCUUCUGGUCACUCACCAGUAAACAAACGUGAUCGCUCUCCAAGGUACUCGAGUCAUCAUCAUCGCCACCAUUCUAGAUCUUACCAUACUAGUCAACGACAUCGAGAAGCUGAUUCUACAUCGCAAUCCUCGAAAUACCAUCAAACACAGCAUACUGAGUCCAGUAAUCGAACAUCUAGUACUCAUGCCGGCCAUUCUUCAGAUAUAAUUGCUUCUCAUAGCAAAAAAACAGUAAGAUCUAAAGGAGAUUGGUCAGAACAUAUGAGCUCUUCAGGCAGAAAGUAUUACUAUAACUGUAAAACAGAAGUAUCGAAAUGGGAAAAGCCAAAGGACUGGAUUGAAGAUGACCCAAACGAACCUCACCAUAAACAGAGCACUAUCCACGAAUUAGUUUCCCCUGAAGAAGAUGAUGACGGAUUUAAUACGGAAGUAUCAAUACAAAAUAAGGAAGUAGAUAUACCAUUAAUUAAUCACACUAUACAACCACCACCGACAACAGUCAAUGAAGAAUCGAGGCAUUCGCGUAAUGCUAAUCCAGAAGGUGGCAUUUACUACAACCAGGCUGAACAUAUUGCAAAUGAUAUGCUUUCCCGGUCAUGCAGCGAUGCUAUUAAAUCGAAAUUUGAGAUCUUUCACGCCAGAACUUAUUUAAAUAUUGCUAGAUAUAAAGUUGAAUGUCAUGAUCUCAGACUCCAAGUUUUACUUCGUUCACAUACGCAAGAUGACCCCACGGUAAUAGAAUCUUCGAAAGUAUAA